AUGGCAACACGGUGGAUCUUAAUGGCAUGUACUGUCUUACUUGCGCUGAUUUUUAGUCUCUUAAUUUAUCACAACUGCAUCAAAAACAACCAAACAAACAGCAUCAAAAAUGAACCAGACGACAUCCAAGGAAAAGGUUCUCUCGGCGAAUCAGACGACAGAAGUAAUGAUGCUCGAAGACCUGUUAUGAAAUCGGUUAUCUCACAGGGGGAAAAUAGCACCGUGUGGCGCGGCUUCUUCAAUGGAAAGUGCGUAGCACUUAAGUACUUUUCACGAAGUGAGGGAUCAUUGUGGCAGAACGAGUGCUAUAUUUAUUCCAUGUUAACUCCUGGACAUGAAAAUAUCUUAAAGUUCAUAGCAGCGAGUGAUUCUAAUGACAAUCUUAAUCAAUUUUGGCUAGCCACGAGUUUUUAUGACCAAGGUUCUUUACAAGAUUAUCUUACUGCGCACACUCUUACGUGGGAUAGACUGCUGACCAUGGCUAAAUGUAUAACAGCGGGCCUAAGCUUUCUGCAUAGUGAAUGGCAACUUGAUGGAAAGCCUAAACCUGCAAUUGCUCAUCAAGAUCUUAAGAGUAAGAACAUCUUGGUAGGAAAUGAUGGCACUUGUGUGCUGGCUGACUUUGGCUUAUCGAUGGAUCUAUCGCAAGGCUACCUAUCACAAGUCCACAGGAAUGGACAAGUUGGAACUUAUCGUUACAUGGCACCCGAAAAGCUUGAAGCAAGAAUCGACGUGGAGAAUCCGGAGUCAUUCAAGCAGAUCGAUGUUUAUUCUUUAGCACUUGUUUUAUGGGAACUACUUUCUCGAUGUCACAUAACAGACGAACCAGAGAACACUGACAACAUCUGCACAAAUUUUACUUUGCCCUUUGAAGAUGUUGUUGGAUGCAGUCCAACACUCGAGCAAAUGACAAAAUCUGUCGUCGUUAAUGGCUGCCGACCGUCUCUUCCUAGUGGAUUGUCUAGUCAUCAAUCAAAGAAUGAGGUAACGUGUGUGUGGACAACGAUCAAGGAGUGCUGGGAUAAUGAUCCUGAAGCACGGCUAACAGCUGCAUGCAUUAACACGAGAUUGAUAUCACUUGUCAGCUGA